AUGUUUCCUUUACCCUUUCUCCUCACGCUCCUUCCUUCUGCCCUCGCCGCCCCCAUAUCUAUCUUCGGCUUCCAAAUUGGAGCCGGCAAGCAAGGCACGGCCGCUCCCGCGCCAAUAUCGCUGGCCACGGUAAACGCUACACUCCUCCGACCGGCCCAGUUUGCACGCGCAGCAUACUGUCCAAGCGCUUCAAUCACGUCGUGGACUUGUGGAUUACCUUGUCAGCAACUGAAAGGCGUCAAAUUUUUGCAGUCCGGGGGCGACCAAGGCGCUGUACCGUUUUAUUUUAUCGCACACGACACCGUGGAGAACACGCUCGUCGUUGCUCACGAAGGCACGGACCCAUCCAAAUUUCUUUCUCUUCUGAAUGACGCCGAGUUUGCACUCACGGCUAUCGACACGAAGCGCAUACCAAAUGCGGCAGGCAAGGGUAUCAAGGUCCACGAUGGCUUCCAAAACACCUUCCAGCGGACGGCAGACGGGCUGUUGGCGGGCGUCCAGAAGAACUUGGCGAGUACCGGGGUCCAAAAGGUGGUCGUAACCGGGCACAGUCUGGGCGCCGCAAUUGCGACGAUGACUGCAGCGAUGCUCCGUGCCCAGCUCCCUUCCAAUAUUCAAGUUGCGACGACGACAUUCGGGAUGCCACGCGGCGGGAACCAGGCGUGGGCCGACUACUUGGACUCAACUCUGGGAGUAACCUUCGUCACGAACCAGCACGACCCCGUCCCCAUCGUCCCGCCCCUGUUGUUCGGCUUCAAGCACCCGAGUGGAGAGGUCCACAUCGUAGACAGCACACAGCAGAACAUCGUGUCAUGUCCGGGCCAGGACAACAAGCAGUGCAUCUCCGCAAAUUCGCUGUUGAAGCCAUCAAUUUCGAAUCAUCUUGGUCCAUAUUUCAACAACCUCUCGUUUGGUGGCGCCCAGUGUUCAUGA